CGCACCCUGCCAGCAGCCACAGCAGCUGACAUCGGCCAUCAGCUGCAACGAGAACGAGAGUGGUCUUCAGACUCUCAUUCAGAGCUCAGAAAAGCCGGAAAGCAAUGGCAACACCGAAACGUCAUGUCGACGAAGAAAUGGAUACGACGCCGAAACGACGUCGUUUCGAUGUGGCCCUGGAGAACGACAUUGCUAAUGUACCGGACAUCCUCCUGGUGAUGGUGCUGGCGCACUUGGACGUGGCCGACCUCCUCAACUGCCGCGUCGUGUGCAAGAGGCUCCUGCGUCUCGUCGCCGACCGGGAUGUGUGGCGGCACCGGAUCCUGUGCAAUGGAUACAGAGCCAAUGCGAACGCGUUGCUGCACCUGGCUCCGUGCCUAAAGGAAUUGUUCAUUCUCGGCGACACCUUGUCGUUGACAACGACCAAGUGCGCUGUAGAAGAAUUGCAUCUGCAUAUCAGUUUCGCAGCAAACGAGUUGCACCAGCCGGUCGUCACCUCUGCCGAGCUCGCUCUGGUGGUCCGCGUCCAGGAGGCACUGGGGCGACUCAAGCGCCUUCAUCUGCGCUGUUCCCGUCAGCUGGCCGACGGCGACGUGCUGCUGAGGACACUGGCGGCGAACUCCGACCUGGAGUCGCUUGAACUGCUCGGCCUAGCGCCCUUCGCCAACCAACCCGUCCUGCAGGGGCCGACAAGAUCGUCGUUGAAGCGCUUUCAGUGUAUACUCACCCAGAACUCGGAGUCCUUUGUGACUACCGUGCUCGCCGGGCAUGCUGCCACCCUAGAGACCAUCGACCUUGGCGUGCCUAGCCACAAAUACCGGGCCUACGCAGGGGGCACAGUCGACACGACGACGGCUCGCCUGCUGGGCGCCAUGCCCAAUCUCCAAGAACUCAGGUGCGGGUUGGUCCCCGGGCUGGAGUCGCUGGCGACGAGCGAGACCCUCAAGGUCUUGCGUCUCAUCGUGCACACGUUCGAGCGGCGUGCCAUCGAGGGGGCUGCCGAGACGCUUCGCGGAGCCAGCCAGCUGCGCACCGUGAGCCUGGACUACUCGUAUACGAACGGAAACGAAGACCGGGCCUCCGAGGUCGGCGUGAAGCUCAUCGAUGCCCUGGGCUCGUCCCGGCGCCGGUCCCAGGUGGAGUGGCUGUCCCUGAACGCGCCACCCCAGGUGUGGCCUCUGCUUAGAGCGCUGCCCUCGCUCGCGGCCCUGCGCGUGCUCAGCGUGCACAUGUCCCUCGACGACGAGGUGCUGCUGCCGAGGAUCACGCCCGACACGGCCCCCGGCCUGCGGGUGCUGGUGCUCCAUUCCAACUCUGAAGAUUCUAACCUCCUGGCGGAGUGCACGCACCAGUGGAUGCACGAGGAGAGAGUCACUGCGGCUGUCCUGCGCAACCCCUCGCUCCACAUCCUGGCCUGGGAGAGCUUCCAGUGCGGGGACGACGACUGUGUGGCGUGCACGCAGGGCUGUCACCAAGAAGAAGUGGUCUGGGGGCAGACACUCGGCCUCACCUCGCACGACCUGGAGGAAUGUCCUUCCCCAGAGCACCACGACGAUGAACCUGGCGGUUGGAAGUGCUCGUGGGUCCUAAUUCGAGAGAAUCCUGCCUAAUAAUGUUACCUCUAUUGUUGAAGAGAUGUUGUACUUAUGGAUAUUUUUGAGUAGGGUCUCGAUGCAUGUAUACUUUGCACCCACUCGUCCAUAUUUUCGUGCCCCACAAGCACCUGUUUUUUUGUUGCUGUGUUUCGCAUCUUGUUAGGGAGGAAGUUAAUAAGAUGUCAUAUAUUUUUUCUUUUGGUUACGGGUUUAUAGUGUCGGUCUGCCACGCAUCUCAAGUGCCUUAUUUGUGUUGUGUAUUCCUGUCGUUUAUUAGGAAGUGAAUUAUAGUGUGGUGCAUCGUGUCAA